CCAUAGCUGUGAUUGGCUAGCAGCUGCCUUUACCGUUGCAUAGCGCUCUCGGUGAGUCAGAAAUAAAGAGUUAGCUGAAAUAUCUGCCGUUCCGUUCAUCAGCAAUGACCACCAGCCUGCCUUCAUGUAAAGUCCGGUGAAUCCCUGCGUGCUCUUGGAGUUGCUAUGAAGGCGGGGGCCUCGUCUAUGUGGGCAUCAUGUUGUGGUCUGCUGAAUGAGGUGAUGGGGACCGGGGCAGUGAGAGGGCAGCAGCCAGGUUUCGGAGCAGGUGCAGGGCCAUUUCGUUUUGCACCAACUGCGGGAUACUCCACAUACCCCCCAACUAACUCGAGCAGCACAAGUUUGCUCUGUCAGACUUGUGAGCAAGCAUUCUCUGUUUUUAGAAGGAGGCACAUCUGUUGUGACUGUAAGAAGAGUUUCUGUUCGCUGUGCUCCGUACUUCAGGAAAACCUGCGCAGGUGUGCAACGUGUCAUCUGCUGAAGGGCACCGCAUUUCAACGCCCUCAUCUCAUGCGGCUGCGUGUUAAAGACUUGCGGCGGUACCUUACGCUACGCAACAUUAACACUGAUACCUGCAGGGAGAAGGAGGACCUCGUUGACUUGGUGCUUUGUCACCAAGGUGCAGAGAGUGAGGAUGAUCCAGACACGCCCUCCCUGCAGUCACGCCCCCUUUAUAGCCCGCCCCCCUCCAUUGAAGAGCCCACUUCCCCUCUCUCAGAACAUUCCCCAACUCACGGAGAACCAAUCAGCAGGAGCAACAGUUCAGAGUCCACCAAUCAGGAUAUUGAAGAUUCAACUUCAGUGUCACUCCUCAACCUUGACCAGACAGAACACACACCAGAGGUGAGUCCUCAGACGCGGCGACGGGCCCGGGCCUCUCUGUCAGACCUGUCCUGUCUCGAUGAUGUGGAGCAGUUGACUGUACGGCAGCUAAAGGAGAUCCUGGUCAGGAACUUUGUGAGCUUCUCUGGCUGCUGUGAAAAGUGGGAACUGGUGGAACGCGUCAGGAGGCUUUACCGGGAAAACGAGGAGAAUCGCAAAUCUAUGGAGAAUGUGAGCAAUCCUAUCACUGCAGUGGUAGCUUAUCCAUCUCCAAUCUGCAAUGGCGGAAUCGGAGAUGGUUGCAAGGCACAGUUAUCCACCGAUGACAACCUGUGUCGUAUCUGUAUGGAUGCCGUCAUUGACUGUGUUUUGCUGGAGUGCGGUCACAUGGUCACCUGCACCAAAUGUGGAAAACGCAUGAGCGAAUGCCCGAUAUGCAGACAGUACGUCAUUAGGGCCGUGCACGUUUUCAAGUCCUAAUACUGCUACGAGAAACUCUUUAGUCCAAUAAAAAAACUCAAUCACCUGCGGUUGCAUUACACGUUGCAUUACAGACUCUGGGUGAACGAGCCCGUCAAGUGCCCCCCCCCCGUCUGGAUUAAUGAACCUUUUUAUAAGAUUUCGGGAACCCUUGAGGAACGCAGCCUUUAACAGCGGCUUUAUCAUGCACAAAUGCUUCAAUAAAGACAUUCCACAAGCUCUUCAGAGAGGCUCUGUAAUAAUAUGCAAUUGUUCAGCGACACCUCACAGCCUUGACUUGAUGUCCCACAGCUUUGAAGACUUUAUGCUCACCCAUCGCACGGGAGCACAGGGAGGAAUGCAAGAAUGCACAAAAAAUGUCAAGCAUUAUUCGAGUGUGUUCAUUCAUUAUACAUGGACAAUACACCAUAUCUCAGGACGGAAGGAUCUGAAUGUUCUCAUAGCUCUUUAAUGACAUCUGUGAAUGUGCUUUUGUUUUCUUGUGUUACGAUGUAGCUUAAACCUUUCUUAUUUUGCUGUGACUGUCAUUGUAUCCCCUAAACAAAAUUCUCGAAAACACAUUCCACAAUUCCACAGCAGGUCAUUCUUCUCCAGUAUAAUUCUACCAUCUAUUUAUAUUGUCAAAAUUGUAAAGCCCAUUGGCUGGUAUAUCGGUCUGUGCUGCUCUGUGGGCCCUUUGUGCGAGUGACAACAGUUGAUCAGGCGACUUUGAGCACUUUUACUGAAUGUGAGUUGAAAACCAGCCGAUUGAUCUGUUCCUGAGUCAAUUGUGUUAGUGAUGAGAAAUAACUGAUGACAGAAGUCUAUUGUUGGGCCCAAAACCAGCCCCCUCACCAGAUCCCAAGAAAAUGUAUGAAAGCUUGAUUAAAUUGUUUUACGAGGUAUGUCACAUUUCUUGAGAUCUGUGGCGUGCACUCAUUUUUCAAUGUGGAUUGAAGCCUAAUAAAAGUAGAAUUUGAACGUUAUUCAAGUCGUCUACACAUAGACUAUAACUGCUUUUAAAUUACAAUGAACAAGUUAUGUGCAUUUUAUAUGAACAGAACACAAGAUUUACUAUCAUCUGAAAUUAUGCACUUGUGUGGGGUGUGUUUUAGUUGCCAAAUAAUGUGUUUCUGAGUUUUCCAGUGUGCUGUAGUUUUCCCCAUUCGUGUGACUGUAUGAAUGUGUGUUGAUUUAGAUUUAUUAUUUGUCCUUGUGUGCAUUCAACUUAAGUGAAAAAUGUAUUUAAGUAAAACUUGACUAUAUAAAAUUCACCUAAUUUACACAUAAUGCACGUUUUGCUGAAUUAUGGCAUAUUCCAUAGCACUGACAUACAGUUGCACAAAGCAGUCGUAAUGCUUUCUCACUUAUACACCACAGCGAUACCAGCCUCUCUUCUGUGUGGUAUUCAUACAUUACAUAAGGGUAUGGUUCACAUUUUAUUGUACGUUUUGAUUUAUAUCCUUGUUUAACAUUCCACGUCUGAUAUAUUUUAUUUGUGCGAAUGCCUAUUCAGAUGCAUUUAUUUUUCUUGCAAAUUUACAUGAUUUUUGUUUCUUUUGAUCUGUUGCUCAGUUAUUUUGAUAUAUAAUUAACAAUUAUGAUAAAGCAUUGUGUUCUUGCUUACCCUUGUGGUACUUAAAUAAAAAUGCAGAGAAAUAGUA